ACAACAACCCAAAAACCAUGGUUAUGAGGCACAGAGAUCCAUCAAUCUGCUCAUGAAUUUUGCAUGCCACUGGGGUGGACUUUGAAGCUGAGGGAGGACCUCUGCCUCACCUGUCCUUCUUGCAACAUGGACUGGUUUCAUUGCAACCAGUGCUUUAUCCAGGACGCAUCUGACUAUUACGUCACCAGCUGUGGACACAUAUUUUGCAAAAAAUGUGCUGGUACAGAUAAAUGCCCAUCAUGUGGAACCAGCUGCAAAUAUUUGUUUCUCAAUAAUAAUAUGAAAGAAGAUGAAAAAAAGUUUUUCAAAAGCCCUGUUGAAACUGCUCUCAACUAUAUCACCCAUCUAUCUCAGGUGUGCAUGUUCCAGAAGGGCCAGAUGGAGCUUUUAGUUUCUUUCUACAAACACAAUGCUUCAAAAGCAGAGGGAGCUCUUCAGGAAGCUCACCAGAAACUAACUAUCCAAGAAAAGAAUUUGGAGGCAAUACGGAGAGAGAACAGGGAACUGAAGAAAAAGUGUAACAACAUGAAGGCUUUUCCAAGACACCGCCAGAGUAGCAGAAACAGCACUCCAAGGCCAGUUGGUGUCACACACCCAUCACCCAGAGUUACACCACAACCUAUUUCCCAGCACUCCAGUGAGGUAGUCAGUCGUUCAUCUUCCAUGGAUGCCAUCUCUUCCAGAACCAGCCAGCUAUCAAACUGGCAACAUGCCACAGGAUCCACUAGGAUGACCCCAGCUGACUCUAUAAAUGCUAUUCCUUCUUCAGGUUCCACUCAAAGUUUAUUCUUCAGGGCUUCUCCUGCCUUUUCUCACACCUCCAGCAUGAAUGUCAACUCACACACCCCCUUGGCGAGGCAAAAUCAAAGUGCUAGGCAGCAACAAGAAACCCCAUACUUCAACCUCAACAUCUUCUCUGAUCAGACAGAGGGGGUUUCUAUGCCAGAACACCGUAGCAGUGAGAGACUACGGCCUAUACAGCUGAGAUUCACCCCUCGCUCCUUUCACUGCAGGCCUUCAUCCAACAGCCAAGCCCACCAACAAAAAUAGGGAGGA